CUAUUCUUGAGAGUUUGGCUACACCUCCUCCUCAUUUAUGGGAAGAGGGAUCACGGAUGACGAGGGAAGAAGCCGUGCUGCUGAUUCAGAGACACGAAAGAGCUCGUCAAGGAAGACUACGAGCAGCUAUCAUGAGAGAAAUUCGUCAGAAGGAAGGAAAAGGCUUGCAUGUACCCUUAGGAAAACCAACAAUUUUACCUCUACAAGAAGCUGCUAUUAGAAUUCAAAAGAUUUGGAGAGGUUACUUGGCCAGAAAGAAAGUUGCAGAGGAGAGAGAGGAGGAACUAAUGUUUUUAGGAAUGAUUCCCCAUCCUCUACCUGCUAAUAUAGAACACACUGCCAGACAUCGAGCCACCGUGAUUGAGAAACAGCGGCACGUGCUUCAAACUAAGCAUGAAGCAGACUACAAAACAGCCCUGGUGUCAGUGAAGGAGAAACUUGAGAAAAUUGAAGGUCUAGAUAUCAAAGAACAGAUGCAAGAUCAGAUUAGAGAAUGGCUUUUCAAGAAUAGAGAAGAAACUGGGAAGUUUCCAGAGUAUCCUUCAGAUGAAGAGGGCGGGUCUGUUGCAAUUUUUAAACUACCUGAAGAAGUUCCAGCAGAAGAAAUAAAAAAAGAAGAUGAAACUAAGAAAGGGUCAAUCAAAGAAAAAAAGGGUAAAAAGGAUAAAAAGGGAGAGGAGGUUGAAGAGCAUGGAUUUGUUAUGAAACCAUCCAAUUUUAUCGUACAUCUUGAAGAAGGAAAUAAAACUUAUAAAG